CCCGUUGUUAGUUUCUGUGUGUCGAAGUUGAGCCCUCUCGGCUCUAUCUGAUAAAAGCCAAAAUACUACGGAGGAACCUCAUCUCUUUCCUAGCUUUCAUUACCUCAUUUGGAGCAUAUUCUGAUUGCAGGAUAUGGGGAUUUUGGGGUCAGAAGAGAGCGUGAGGGUGGAGUUGGAGGAAAUCCAGCGGAUGUUGGGAGCUUGUGCUGGCCUGCAAAGGAGGAAAGACGAGGAUGAACAGUUCAAAGGAGUUCGUGUUCCUUCCAUGGGCGUGGUCGACACCGAUGAUGAAGACAAGUUGGUUUGUGUCACCAGUGGCGUCUCUUAUUUAGGACUCGUCAUUGUAAAGAAGCUCUUGGCUCGUGGCUACUCUGUACGGAUCAUCGUCGAAAACCAGGAAGAUAUAGACAGAUUGAGGGAGAUGGAGAACUCAGGAGAGAUGAGGGCAUGUAACAACAAUAUAUCUGCAGUUAUGGCGAAGUUAACCGAGAUUGAAAGCUUGUCAGAAGCAUUCCAUGGCUGUCGUGGCGUAUAUCACACCUCUGCAUUCACAGAUCCAGCAGGCCUUUCUGGCUAUACAAAAUACAUGGCGGAGAUAGAGGCGAGGGCCUGUGAAAAUGUGAUGAGAGCAUGCGCAAGAACACCAACGGUAAGAAAGUGUGUGCUUACAUCUUCGCUCUUGGCUUGCAUUUGGCGGGACGACAGCCAACAUGAUCUUUCCCCUGUAAUAAACCAUGAUUGCUGGAGUGAUGAAUCAUUCUGCUUAGAGAAAAAGUUGUGGCAAGCAUUGGGCAAGCUGAGGGCAGAGAGGGUGGCAUGGAGAAUUGCCAAGGAGACGGGGCUAAAACUGGCCACCAUAUGCCCAGGUCUCAUUACUGGUCCCGAAUUUUCUAGUAGAAAUCCAACGGCAACAAUUGCUUAUCUUAAAGGAGCACAAGAAAUGUAUGCCAAUGGAUUGCUAGCAACAGUAGAUGUAAACAAAUUGGCAGAGGCACAAGUAUGUGUUUUUGAGGCAAUGGACAAGAACGCAGGAGGCAGAUACCUUUGCUUCGAUGAUGUCGUUGAGAAGCAGAAAGCAGUAGAGUUGGCACGAGAAAUAAGGAUGCCAAUAAACAGGAUUUGUGGGAAUUUAUCUGUUGCUGGGGAUGUUCCAGCUCGGUUUCGGUUGUCGAAUAAGAAGCUUUCUAGUCUAAUUACAAUAACACACAGAUGUUGUGACAGAGAGUGUUAGAGAUAAGAUUACGUGCUUUUUAUGUCACACUUUUUCCCAUUUUCUGUACACGUUAGGCAGCACAUUUUGGGAGAUGAUGAAUCAAAGUUUCAACAUCAACACGGUUUGUUUCCCACA